CUGGAUUUCUCUAGAUGUCGGUGUUCUUCUCUCUCAUCACGCGGUAUGUAUCGGAUACUGCUGGAAGUUGUACCAUUUCAUCCCAUUCGUCUCGACUUCAUCCAAGUCUUGGCUCGAGGGAGGCAAUGUCUCACUUCUUUGGCCAUUACUUGAUUUUGAGGAACACAGGUGAUUUUCAUGUUAUUCUCGAACAUGUUUGUGGCUAAGGUUAAUAUACAAAUACAUCGACCCUAUUCUUGGGCGCACACGAAUGAUUCUUCCGAAUUACUUCAACAACAGCUCUCUCGAAUAUCAGCCACGGCUCGACAUUGUUACAGCAUAUCAAAACGAAACUAAUAGUUUAUCUAUACUUGACCUGUUUCAAGACCAUAGUCAAAAUCAAAAAAAUGAAACUCAGCUACAUCAUCACCGUCUCAACGGCGGCACUGCUCGGUCUCGCCGCCGCGGCUCCCAUCCCGGACGACGACCCUGACCACGGUCAAGACAAUGAUGACCACGACGACCACCCGGACUCGAUGUCGACUUCGGGUCCAUACUCGCUCCAAAUCGGCGGUGGCAAUUUCGACAUCAACGACAUCCAGUCCUACAGCUUGUUCUACGCCAACAGUUCCGCCUACCUGGGUCGGAUCAAGUACCAAGCCUACUCUGAGCCGUUGAUCGUCAACGGCCCCGCGACCCACGGCGGCGGUUCUUCCGGGGACGGCAUUUCGUUCCAAUCCAUCCACCAGUCCCCGACGGGCUGGCAGAACAUGUACGUCGUCCCUCACCAGUCGAAACCCGUGGGCUUCAGCGUUCCCCACGGUUCGGCCCCGGCGGGGACACGCACCAACCGGUUCGCUUUCAACUUGGGGGGUGGGCUGAUGAACAACGGCCUGAAUCUGUUCUAUGCCUGCCAGGACCGUAAUUUGCGUGACGUGCACACCUACCAGAUCUACUGGAUGGCAGGCCCCCCGCUCCCGAGGGGCAUGACGUGUAAAGGACCGUUGUACAUUCAUGCCGGAAAUGGCUGUGCGAGGACGUUUUGAGAACAAAGGAGAGAGCUGAAGGGGGAUACUCGCAACUAAAAGGCACCUGAGAUACUCCAGGAAACAAUGGGGCACCCUCUAUCUUUAGGUUCGGAGUAUUCAUGCUUAGAAGUUGACAAGUCCCGGAAGAAAAAAAAGAAAAAGAAAAAGAAAAAGAAAUUCGAACCAUGAGGGAUGAUUUAUGAACGAUGCACCGAGAUGGACGGCAGGAUUUGCAGAUUGAUACCUUGAGACGAAAACGACAAAAAGCAAUAAUAGCUGGGGCGACGAAACGAACAAGCAAGCAAAGCAUCUCUACCUGAAGCGUGUUCGGUAUUAUUAUGCUAUGGUAUACUGUUUGAAAGAUUUCUACAUAACUCAUACACAAUAUUAAUUGCUUUUGGACAACGAGUGAAAACA